CUUCCUCUCUAGCGGUCGGUUCCAUUCUUGUCCGGGUCCAAAGCCACAUUGCAGUGACACUCACGGAGAUUGCGGAAGUCUUCCUUCUCCACAAGCAUUGUUCUUUGUCAACCAUCAAUUACACAAUGAGUGCUCCGACAGCGGCCGUCGACGAUGACUUCAAAGACGCCGCGGAGGAAGACUACGACGAAGGCGUCGCCGGCGAAUUCGAAGUGACACCGGAAGAACUCGCUACUCUCCGUGCUCAUCUCGCUACGGCGUUUCCGGAAGACUUUCUGUACUUGUCCGACGCCUACAUUCGCUCCGUGGCGUCCAAGCCCUACUCGAAAGACCCCUCCGUGCGACGCCCCCUGGAAUACUCGCAGGAAAAGCUCACGCACGUUAUGCAGUGGCGAGCCGACGUUGGCGCUCCCACUAUGCAGGACUUGGUCAAGCUCGCCAACGGCCCCAGCGACGCACCAGAGGUCGUCGAACAACCCGAACUCUACGCCAAGGCUAAAUCCCUCGUGGUGUCCCUCAAUACCGGAAGUUCCUACUGGCACGGCUUUACCAAGGACGGGCGUCCCGUCCUGUGGUUGCGGACCAACCGCAAACCGUGGUACCCGGACGUCGACGCCGAAGUCAACGCCCUCAUGCUCCUGUCGGAUGCCGGAAUUCGUGCCAUGCCCCCGCACGUUACCGACUUUGUGGUUAUUUCCGAAUCGUCCUAUCCGCCACCGCCCAACCCCAGCUUUAUGAUUAAAAUGCUCAAGGCCCUCGUCCGCGGUUAUCCCGACCGCUUGCACGAAUUGCUCUCCGCGCCCGUCUCGAGCAUUAUUCAAUUCGUCAUGAAUCUACUGUUGCCGCUCAUGCCAGGCCGGCUGGCUUCCAAGGUUGUCUUGUUGGGAGCGGACGACAUGAAAAGUCGACUCGCUGCGUUCCUCUUGCACGGUGAAGACGACGUUCCCACCUUUUUUGGCGGACCGGCUAAUCACGAUGAGUUCUACCCGGAAGAAGGCAAGUGCGUGAAUCGGGGACGAGGAAACUUGAAAUUUGACUUUUUUGGAAUGCUGGAACGAUUGGAAGCCAGCAAGGAAGAAUAUCUCAAAUUAUCAAAUCAAGGAUGACAACACCGCCAACAAGGAAACGUACACGUGCGCUUCUGCUUGUUAUCGAAUUUCCCAGGAAGGUGUUGGUCGGGAACGAAAAUAAGUACGGCGAUGAAAAUAAUGAAAAGGGUGUUGCAUACAG